AUGAUCUCUAAAGGUGUUGUGCUAGAUAUGGCUUUGCUGUUUGGAACUCCUAACCAGAAAAAAGAGUUCUGCUCGUCUCUCCUUUACCAUCUAAAAUCGCAAGGCUGGGUUAAGAUCCAAAAUCAUGGCAUUUCGAGAGAAGUUAUUCACAAACUAUUCUCUAUGACGAAACAUUUCUUUAACUUGCCAUAUGAGGAGAAGAUGAAAGCUAAGCAUCCCCCUCAAGCAAACCCAAAUCGGGGGUAUAGCUACGUUGGCCAAGAGAAUGUUGCCCAGAUUAGCGGGUAUGGGAAAGGCAAAGGACCUGGAAAAAGCCGCGAUAUUAAAGAAACCUUCGACAUGGGUGCAGCAAACGACAGCCUCAUUAAUAACCAAUGGAUUCCUGAAGAAAGCCUUCCUGGCUUUCGUGAGUUUAUGGAGUCUUUUUAUGAGCAAGCCUUUAAGGCAGAGAUGCACCUCCUUUCAGCACUUGCCAUCGCCCUUGGCAUCUCAGAGAACCAUGUUAAGUCCCUUCACGACCGGGCAGAGAAUGAGUUCCGCCUGCUCCACUACCCAGCCCUUCCAGUAUCGUAUCUCGCUGAUAAGACGGCCACUCGCAUCGCGGAACACACUGACUUCGGAACUAUUACCAUGCUCUUCCAGGACUCAACUGGCGGGCUGCAGGUCGAGGAUCAAACGCAGCGAGGAGCGUUCCGUGACAUUGAACCCUCCGCUCCGACAGACCUCAUUCUGAAUAUUGGAGACUCCUUGCAGAGGUUGACAAAUGACACGCUCCUAGCCGCGUGUCACCGUGUUACUUAUCCGCCAACUACCAAGAAGGAUGGGAAUGAGGUAAUCCCGGAUCGCUACUCAAUCGCUUAUUUUGUGAAGCCGAAUCGCAGCGCUUCGCUCCUGCCUUUGAAAGAGUUCGUCUCAGAGGAGACGCCAUGUAAAUACGAUAAUGUUACAGCUUGGGAGUGGAACAACCUCAGGAUUGCGAAGUUGUACACUUAA